AUGUGUCAAUUUAACUAACAUUCAUGUUUGCAAUGCAAGCGUUCUUUCGUCGAGUGCGAUUUUAGGUUGCAUUUUGAUUGUUAAUUAAAGUAUACAUAGAAACUUCUAGUGUAAUACAAGAUGCCAAAGUAUUACUGCGAUUAUUGUGACACAUAUUUAACUCACGAUUCGCCUAGCGUGAGAAAAACACAUUGUACCGGCCGAAAGCAUAAGGACAACGUGAAAUUUUACUACCAGAAAUGGAUGGAGGAGCAAGCUCAACAUCUCAUAGACGCUACAACCGCUGCAUUUAAAGCUGGAAAAAUUGCACAGAAUCCAUUUGGCGGUAAAGGUGCUGCUAUUCCGCCGCCAUGGGAUCCUUCAGUAAUGGGCCCGGGAGGACCGCGACCGCCCGUUCCUACACCAGGAGGCCCGCCUGGCAUGUUGCCGCCGCCCGCUAUGGGUCCUGGAGGACCUAUGGCACCACACAUGAUGAUGGGACCGCACGGCCCAAUGCCGCCUAUGAUGGGAAUGCGACCGCCUAUGAUGAUGGGCAUGGGCCCUAUGGGCCCCAUGGGGCCCAUGGGUCAGAUGCGACCACCGUUAAUGAACGGCCCGCCUAUGAACAAAUAGCAGAAGUUUAAAGUGAGUGAAAGACGAUAAUUUAAUACAAACAACCAGAACUCAUUAGAAACAUUGACCUGGAUUUACUGUAGUCCAUUUUAACACAAGUUGAUUCUAAGAAUAUCAUUCAAAGUUUCAAUGUGUUAACCCUUAUUUAAGUUUUAUCAACUUGUUUUCACCAUCUUAAAUGAACUUGACAGGGUGCUCAAAACUAUGUAAAUGUUAUGAUAUUAUUUAGUAUUUGUGAGCACCUUGCUUUCUGCAAUACUAACUAAUUUUUAUUGACAGUCCAGAAAUUAUUCAAAGUAAUUUGAGACGAAAUGGUUUUAUUUAUACUUUUUUAUCAAUGUCUAGUAGAUUUUACUAGGAUUAAGGAUAGGGGUUGACAAUUUUUAAUGUAAUUACAAUUUGUAAAAGCGCCAUGCAGCUCCCAAGCCAUGGGUUGCUGGUUAUGCAAGACCUAGGUUAUCAUUGAAUUAUAUUUGUAAAUUAAGUAAA